UAGGCUACUUGUUUUGUUGUGAAAACUUUCCUCGGUUCCCAGUCGAAAAGCAUCUUCCCUUACAUCCCCAGCAACUGAGACUAGCUCCGCCUCCGCCUCCCUCAGCCUCCGAGUCCGGAGUCGUCGAGCUGGUCUUUCUGUUACCGUGUUCCGCCCUUCCAACGCUCUCCAUCUCCUGCGGGACCCACCACUACCAGCGAGCCCCGCAAAAUUGACCACUUGGGCUCGUGGAGCUGCCAUGCGCAGAUCGUUUUAGGACUUCCGCUUUCUUCAAACCUUUCGUCAUUGGCGACUGAUAGAUUUAAUGGCGCCUAAUGAAAGACAACUAGGAACUUAAUGGAUCACCAAUCUAUUCAUGGAUUUGAUUCAGAUGAGAGUGACCUAGAUAUGCAUGCCGAAACCUAUGAACAUAAUGAAGGGAUAGAAGAUGUGCUUCCUGAGAAUUUGGACUUGUGUGUAGAUGAAAAAGAGGAGACAGAAGAACAAUCGGCUGAUCUACCUAUGAACGUAGAAGCUUUAGAACCGUAUAUAGGCAUGGAGUUCAACUCAAGAGAUGAAGCUAGAGAAUUUUAUGUUGCAUAUGGCAGACGCUCUGGUUUCACCGUACGGAUACACCACAAUCGUCGUUCACGAGUAAAUAAUCAGAUUAUUGGUCAAGAUUUUGUUUGCUCAAAAGAAGGCUUUCGAGCAAAAAAGUAUGUGCACAGAAAAGACAGAGUUCUUCCUCCACCCCCAGUAACCCGUGAGGGCUGUCAAGCUAUGAUAAGGCUAGCUCAAAGAGAUGGACCGAAGUGGGUAGUCACAAAAUUUGUUAAAGAGCAUAAUCACAAGCUAAUGAGUCCCAGCAAGGUUCCAUGGCGGGGAUCAGGAAAGCACUUAGCAAGUGAGGAUGAGAAGGAUAAAAGAAUCCGAGAGCUGUCCCUUGAGCUGUACAACGAGAGGCAAAAAUGUAAGCGACGUUGUGCUGCAUAUGAAGAACAGAUAAAUAUGAUCUUGAAGGAUUUGGAAAAACACACAGAGCACAUGUCAAAAAAAGUUUCGGAUACAGUUCAGAGCAUAAAAGAAAUUGAGGAGGAACAAUCAGAGGACUCGGAUAGCGGAUGGAGUUAAUGCAACUUGUACCUUUUCUUGCCCCUUGCUUUGCCUUUGAUGAUGAGCAACCUAUUUUAUCAGUUUUUGGAGUUAUGUAACUGCUAAUUCACCUAUGGUGUCGGUCGAGGUUGCCACAGAGGACAAAUUAAGUCCACAAAAUGACUGUCUUUCAGAAAAUAUGGUGGCAGCUGAAGUUUGGUGUCUGGAUCAAGGUGCUCAUCCUCGGUGAAGGUUUUAUGAGCAAAUCGGGAAAAUACUCGAUAAAAUGUUAGAACUCAUAUGUUCAAAGUGUUCCGGGUCAUUCUCUUGUUGAAUCGUAAUGUAGUUUUGUUUUCCUCUCUUAUCAAAUUUGAAAUGUUACUGUAA